AUGUCGUCGAACGAUUCUGUCGAAGUAAAGGCUGUCUGGUCAGACGAGAGAAAUACAAUCAUAAACAUGGCGAUGGCUGUGGGAAUUGCACGCAAUCACAUCAGCCAACAUAUUUCAAAGUGUUAUGGGCUCAAGCCUCCAUUAGACCUGCUCACCAUUCAGCAGGUGAAGUACAUCCCAUCUGUUAAGCCUUCAGAUAUGCUCAGUGUCUGCCACCCCGAUGGUCUGACACUCAUAAUCACUCCUAAUGCUAAUGCAAAAUGUUGUAUCAAGAACCACCUCAAGUUGGCCCAGAAUGCACAGGCCAAUCAGACACCUGUGGAACUCAAUACGACAUUGGCGACGGCCAACACUGAACCAAGCACAGUCCCACCUCGCAAAUUCAAUCUUGCAUUGAUGGCCAAUCCCUCUCAGGUGACUAUGGACAGCCAGCUUAAGGAGAUGCUGGCCUUGAUGCAGAAGGAGAUUGCGGAGAUUCAAGGAAAGAAUGAGAGCAUGCACAAUGACAAUGAGAGGAUUCUUGGCAAGAAUGAGAGCAUGUGCAAUGACAACGAGAGGAUUCUUGGCAAGAAUGAGAGCAUGCGCGGUGAGAUCAAGAGCAUUUGCAGCGAGAACGAGAGGAUUCUCAGCAAGGAUGAGAGCAUGCGCGGUGAGAUCAGGAGCAUUCGCAGUGAGAAUGAGAGGAUUCUCAGCAAGGAUAAGAGCAUGUGCGGUGAGAUUGAGAGGAUCACCAAUGAGAAUGAGAGCUUGUGCAAGGACAACGAGCGCAUUGAUAAUGAUCUUGCCGUCGUUCACAAGCACCUUGAUGCAGCAAGAGUCCAACACACUCAGGACAUUGAAGCACUCAGAGAAGUCACCAUGUCACUAGUCCCCUUGCAUCUUCGUGUCCUACUCGACGGUGCACGCAGAAAGGUUCUAGAACACCUCAGCCAUGAGACCUGGGAAGGACUUCACGAUUCUCACAGCAUCUAUCAACUUUCAAAUAUUAUCUUUGAUGCUCUCAAACAGCAGGGUGUAUCAUACACCCUAUCCCACCAGUCCAUUCUUUUCUUGUGUUCAUAUAACAACAUCAGGCGUGCGGGAAAUACCAUUACUCACAGUGCAAAGGAGAACAAUCUGUUUCAAACACAAAUCGUGCGCACAAAGAGGGCAGAGUUCAACAUUUUUUUCGCAUUUCCAGGAGGAAGUAAUAGUCAGCUGAACAACAAGACCAAAUUCUUUAAGCCUACUUUUGGUUUCCCAGUAACAGUCAGUCAGUCAGAUAAAACCUCCAUGACAGUCCCCACACCUUCUGAGCUUCCACACAUGGAGGCCAUCAAUGGAAACCUUACCCAGGGAGCACAGACCUUGCAGGAAGUUUGCCUCAAACUUCAGCAAGAAAAUGCAAAACUUAAACAAUUGGUGGGGCAGUUGAUUGCAGAUAGGUCUAGUGGUGCCUUGUUUCCUGCUCAAGGGAAUAAACUGGCAGUCACAUCAGGAAACCUACAUUUCUGCUGA